AUGCUGCCGCCCUUGGCCACCGUCCUCCCCGCCGCCGCCUCCCGCUGUCCUAUCCGCAGCGUUAUCUCAGCAAGAACCUGCCGCUCCACCGCCGUCCGUCGCCCACCCUAUCCAAGUUGCUGCCACCGCGGCCGCGGCAAGAAACCCAGCCCCGGACCCACAGCGCCAUCGUUGUUCCCGCUCCCGGAGGGCUCCAUCACGCCGUGGCUGCUGCGGUGCCUCCGUGCGCUCGCUGUUGCCACACUAGCGGUCGCAUUUUCAGCCCCGUCGCUUCUCCAGGCUGCCCCCGCCUCCUCGGUCGGUGAGCGUUCACCGCUGGACGCCACCGCGUACGACUGUGAAGAUGUCGGGCGUUACUACGCGGGCUUGGACGGCCGCACUGGCGACGAGCUAAGGACGGAGCUCGCCGCCGUCGUCUCGCCCCACGCCGCUCUGCGCUACAAAGAUGUGUGGGAGGCGCUUAAGAUUCUCGAUGCAGCUGAUGCAGAACACCCUGAGGCGUCCUCGGAAGUGAUUGAGAUAUACUCACAGAGAGCUGUGUCAAAGCUCUUAGCAGGAAAACCAGAUGGAUGGAACAGGGAGCACCUCUGGCCUAGAUCGUAUGGCCUAACCUAUGGUCCAUCACUAACAGAUCUUCACAACAUACGUCCUGCAGAUGUCAAUGUAAAUUCUUCACGGGGAAACAAAUAUUAUGGAGAAUGUAGUGCCACAUCAGUAAGAUGUGUGAGGCCAGCAAAUCAGGAAGCAGCACCUGACACUGAGACGGACACUGAAAAAUGGGCACCUCCUUUUCAGGUGCGUGGAGAUAUAGCUAGGUCCCUUAUGUACAUGGCGGUAAGCUAUGGAUCUAGCCAGAAUGAUGGAACUCCACAUUUGGAAAUUUCUGAGUCACCAAAUAUUCAAAUAAGAAAGAUGGGCCUACUAUCAGCUAUACUACGGUGGAAUGAACUUGAUCCACCAUCAAGAUCUGAGCAGCUUAGGAAUGACAGGGUUUGCAGCCUUUACCAGCAUAAUCGAAAUCCUUUUGUCGAUCAUCCAGAAUUUGCAAAUCUUAUAUGGACGAACCCUCUAACAGAAACUUCAACUUUCAUUGGGGAAUCACAGCAAUCUUGGGUCAAUGAGUUCCACUAUGAAAAUAAAGGCAAAGAUAAGAAUGAGUUUGUUGAGUUAGUGGUACGUAUGCCUUUUGAUGCGAAGGAACUCAUGCUCGUACUCUAUAAUGGAGCAAAUGGGAAAAUAUAUAAUAGGGAAGCUGAAGUAUUGCAAUUUUUGUCCUAUGAAGGGAGCAUGAGAGCACAGGAUGGACCUGCCAAGGGUAUGGUCUCCACAGAUAUCAUGCUCAAGGAGACCGAUGAGUCAUCCGACCAAGAUUCGCUGGGACUUGGUGGUCAGAAAAUUGGUGAGUUUGCAUGGAGAAAGAUGGUAGGGAAUGCAACACCUGGGAAGCUGAAUGCUGAACAGACGUUUUAG